CCACUCCUCCGCCUCCUUCCCCUGCACGCGCCCGCCCUACUGCCCCUUGCUGGGUUUCCUGUUUAAGAUGGCGUCCCCCGUGGCAACGCAGGCCGGGAAGCUUCUGCGAGCCCUAGCACUGCGUCCCCGCUUCCUGGCGGUCGGGUCCCAGGCAGCUCAAUUAACCUCCAGAAGAUGGCUGAACCUGCAGGAAUACCAGAGCAAGAAACUGAUGUCUGACAACGGAGUGAGAGUUCAAAGAUUCUUUGUAGCAGACACUGCGAAUGAAGCUCUUGAGGCUGCUAAGAGACUAAAUGCAAAAGAAAUUGUUUUAAAAGCCCAGAUCUUAGCUGGAGGAAGAGGAAAAGGUGUCUUCAAUAGUGGUUUGAAAGGAGGUGUUCAUUUAACAAAAGACCCAAAUGUUGUGGGACAGCUGGCUAAACAGAUGAUUGGGUACAAUCUAGCGACAAAACAAACUCCAAAAGAAGGUGUGAAAGUUAACAAGGUGAUGGUUGCUGAAGCCUUGGACAUUUCCAGAGAAACCUACCUGGCAAUUCUGAUGGACCGGUCCUGCAAUGGCCCCGUGCUGGUGGGCAGCCCUCAGGGGGGCGUCGACAUUGAAGAGGUGGCUGCUUCAAACCCAGAGCUCAUUUUUAAGGAGCAAAUUGACAUUUUUGAAGGAAUAAAGGACAGCCAAGCUCAGCGGAUGGCAGAAAAUCUAGGCUUCGUUGGGCCUUUGAAAAGCCAGGCUGCAGAUCAAAUUACGAAGCUGUAUAAUCUCUUCCUAAAAAUUGAUGCUACUCAGGUGGAAGUGAAUCCCUUUGGUGAAACUCCAGAAGGACAAGUUGUCUGUUUUGAUGCCAAGAUAAACUUCGAUGACAACGCAGAAUUCCGACAAAAAGACAUAUUUGCUAUGGACGACAAAUCCGAGAAUGAGCCCAUUGAAAACGAAGCUGCCAAAUAUGAUCUAAAAUACAUAGGACUAGAUGGGAACAUUGCCUGCUUUGUGAAUGGUGCUGGGCUAGCCAUGGCUACUUGUGAUAUCAUUUUCCUUAAUGGUGGGAAGCCAGCCAACUUCUUGGAUCUUGGAGGUGGCGUAAAGGAAGCUCAAGUAUAUCAAGCAUUCAAAUUGCUCACAGCUGAUCCUAAGGAAGGCAGUGGAGCAGCUUUUUUCUCGCUUCACCUGUCAAAGGUGUUCUCUCUGGAAAUUAAGCAGGUUGAAGCCAUCCUUGUCAAUAUUUUUGGUGGUAUCGUCAACUGUGCCAUCAUUGCCAAUGGGAUCACCAAAGCCUGCCGGGAGCUAGAACUCAAGGUGCCCCUGGUGGUCCGGCUUGAAGGAACCAACGUCCAAGAGGCCCAGAAGAUACUCAGCAACAGCGGACUCCCCAUUACUUCAGCCGUUGACCUGGAGGAUGCAGCCAAGAAGGCUGUGGCCAGUGUGGCCAAGAAGUGAUGUCUUUGUCCUGAUCCGAUGGAGAAAGAAAGCCUUUUUUCCAUAAAAAGGGAUGAUUCAUCAUUGUGAAAGAAAUGGUUAUCUCAUUGGGGAAGAAAAGGGGGGGGAGAAGGCAAGAAUCACUGAAAAAUCUUAAAUCUCUGUUUUCUGGAAUAAGAGGUCUAGACAGCCUAAAUCUGAUUUUAGUCUUUAUAAAAAUAAUGUCUUGAGUUCUCAUACUUUUCUGUCACUGCAAGGCUGCUCAGUAGGCAGUGUUUUGCAGACUUUGGGGAGCGGUCUGUGUGGCCAAAUAUCGUGUGUAUAGGCAGACUUUGAAAUCAAGUCCUGCUUCAUUUACAAGAAUUUUGGUGGGCAUCUAAUCCUACAUAAUGCAAAAGAAAAACAGACCAUUUAAAAACUCAGACACGAUUAUAUUUAAUAUAUUAAUUACUAAAAAGGCACAAGAUUACACUGAACACAUUAGCUACUAAAAAGGCACUGCUAAGACAUUCAAGCAAAUAGCUAUUAUACACUGCAGCAGAUUUUACAGGUUUCUAAUUCCAACAUAUGUUUGAAAAAUCUGUGAGUGUUCUAAAAUAUAUUUAAUAAUGGAAGGUCUGCAUUAAUAUACCAUCCAUGUGUUUUUACCAUUUGCCUUAAUAUUGAAUAUACUGUUUACCUCACUCUAAAAAGAAAACCAGAAGCCUUAUUUGUGAUUUUGGAGUGGAAGCUUCCAUUUUUGUGUCAAAAAUGAAUCCUGAUUCUUAUGGAAAUCUCUGUUAUUAAGUCAUUUCAAGAUGAGACAACACUGAAGAUCAAAUUGUGUUGGGUAUCAGUAUCUUCUCUCCUCGUUUAUCUCUUACUCCUCAUCCUCCCAGAAUCUAUCCGUUUAUGAUAGAAAGAUGGGAACCUUAUUUGAAUGUGGGGUUUUUCCAUGAUGUCCAAUUUUGUUGUGGGAAAGGAUUUGCAUAAAGUUUUUGUUUAAAUUUUGGUAGAUUUUUAUCUAUACAAAUUUAAAUAAAAUUAUGUUUUGUAAGCUGAAA